GCUACAUUUUUUGUGGUUUUGGGGUUUUCUUUUUUACGGUUUUUCCCCCCGCCCCCGAAGCCGCCGUUCCGGGGUUUUUAUCCGACAAAACCGUUCAUUCCCGCCCCGCGGUGGGGACUGCGGGGACCGGGACGGUGCUGCGGGAGGGGCUGAAGCGAAGCCACGCCCCCUCCUCUGCAGACCCCGCCCACAAAGGGGCGGAGCCUCGCCCCGCGGAUCGCGCCCCCUCCUCUUUAACAAAGGGCCGCGGCCCCUUUAAGCGGCGCCAUGGCGGCCGCAGCCAAUGGGCGCGCGCGCCGCACGGCGGGCCCUGAUUGGCCGCGGGCGAGGCCCCGCCCCCCCGGCCGGCGCUGUCCCGGUGCUGAACGCGGCCAUGAGCGGCGGCGUCUACGGCGGCGAUGAGGUCGGGGCCCUGGUGUUCGACAUCGGCUCCUUCUCGGUGCGGGCCGGCUAUGCCGGCGAGGAUUGUCCCAAGGCGGAUUUCCCCACCACGGUGGGGCUGCUGUCCCCGGACGAGGUGUCCCUGGAGCUGGACGGGGACAAGGACAAGAAGGGGGGCAAGGUUUAUUACAUCGACACCAACGCCCUGCACGUGGCCCGCGAGGGCGUGGAGGUCCUGUCACCGCUCAAGAACGGCAUGAUCGAGGACUGGGAGUGUUUUCAGGCCAUCCUGGACCACACCUACGGCAAGCACGUCAAGUCGGAGCCGGGGCUGCACCCGGUGCUCAUGUCCGAGGCGCCGUGGAACACCAGGGCCAAGCGGGAGAAGCUGACGGAGCUGAUGUUCGAGCACUACAACAUCCCGGCCUUCUUCCUCUGCAAGACGGCCGUGCUCACCGCCUUCGCCAACGGCCGCAGCACGGGGCUGGUGCUGGACUCGGGGGCCACCCACACCACGGCCAUCCCCGUGCACGACGGGUACAUCCUGCAGCAAGGCAUCGUGAAGUCGCCCCUGGCCGGGGAUUUCAUCUCCAUGCAGUGCCGGGAGCUGUUCCAGGAGCUCAACAUCGACAUCGUGCCCCCCUACAUGAUCGCUGCCAAGGAGCCGGUGAGGGAAGGGGCCCCCCCGAGCUGGAAGAAGAAGGAGAAGCUGCCCCAGGUGUCCAAGUCCUGGCACAACUUCACCUGCAAUGAGGUGAUCCAGGACUUCCAGGCCUCAGUGCUGCAGGUCUCGGACUCUCCCUAUGACGAGCAGGUGGCAGCGCAGAUGCCGACGGUUCACUACGAGAUGCCCAACGGGUACAACACUGACUACGGGGCCGAGCGGCUCCGCAUCCCUGAGGGGCUCUUUGACCCCUCCAACGUCAAGGGUCUCUCGGGGAACACCAUGCUGGGCGUGGGACACGUGGUCACCACCAGCAUCGGGAUGUGUGACAUCGACAUCCGGCCGGGUCUCUACGGCAGCGUCAUUGUCACCGGGGGGAACACGCUGCUGCAGGGCUUCACCGACCGCCUGAACCGGGAGCUGGCCCAGAAAACUCCCCCUAGCAUGCGGCUGAAGCUCAUCGCCAGCAACAGCACCAUGGAGCGGCGCUUCAGCCCCUGGAUCGGGGGCUCCAUCCUGGCCUCGCUCGGCACCUUCCAGCAGAUGUGGAUCUCCAAGCAGGAGUACGAGGAGGGCGGGAAGCAGUGCGUGGAGCGCAAGUGCCCCUGAGGGGGCUGCCAGCCCCUGAGGGGAAAAAUGUGGAAAAAAACCAUUAAAGCUCGCAAAACCUACCAGAAACGAGCUGUGAGACACCUGUGGGGCUUGGUGGCGGUGGGGGUUAAAGGCGGCUGUUCGUGUGUGGGGCUCCGGGACUUUUCCGCCGAUUUUGGCGGUUUUCGCCUCAAAACGAAGCGCGGGCAGCGAUUCCCGCGUGCCGGGUCACGUGACCAAGGGUGGUUGUGUCACGAGGGGCGCGGGAGGCGCGUGCCGGGACACUGCGCCGGCGCGAGAGCGCGUGACAGCGAGGGGCGGGAAAGAGGGGCGCGCGCCAGACACCGCGCUGCUCUCGCGAGACGCGGCGGCGCCGCCGCGCGGCCGCAGCGAGAACUGCGCGCUGUUUCUCGCGAGACCCGCGCGCGCGCGCCGUGCGUUCCGUUACCGGGCGCGUUGGGCGGGGGCGGGGGGGAGAACCGGUUCGGUGACAUCACGAACGGAACGGUAACGUGAGUACGCGGCCCAGGGACGGAGGAGACACCGGCGCUGGAACGGGAGGGGGUGUGUGGGCAGAAGGCGCUCGCACUGCGCACGCGCAGCCCCCGCACGGACUCCAUCUACCGGCAGCCUCUGCGCGCGCGGCGAGGCCCUCGCGCAGAGCGGCCUCUUCCCGCCUGCUCCGCCUUCCAGCCGCCGACCCUCCCCGUCCCCGCUCCUCGCCCUUCCCUCGGACCUUCAGCAGGGUCCCCCCCACUCCCUCCCCUCCUGCUCCGCCCGCCGUUCUCCCCCGGUCUCGGGGCAGGCGCUCGCCGCGGUCACCCCGAGCUCUUCAGGCCCCCUUUGUCUCCCCGCGCGCCGACUCCCGUUAUUGGCCGCCGCGCGCUCCGCGGCCGCUCCUA